UCAUGACUCGCAGUGUGACUCGAACGAUGCUUCUGAAAGAAAGCAGUUCAAAUGUGAAGCCUGCAAGAAGACCUUCAGCCAAAAGAUGGACAUGAUGAACCACGAGUGUUCAAUGAGUGGCUCGGGUCUACUGUCCCUGCCCCUAACAGUUCCUGCAAUCCCACCCCCUCAGGCGAUGCUCACCGUGCCGAUGGUGGGGCAGCCGAACCUCCAAAGCGUCACCGAUCCAGCACUACAGAAAAGUCUAGCCAAAGAGAAAACGUUCUUUUGUUCGUUUUGUAACAAAGCUUUCUCUCAGCAAAUUUUUCUCCGCAACCACGAAAGAACACACACAGGUGUGAAACCUUUCACCUGUAACACAUGCGGUAAGGCUUUCAGUCUAUUGGUAAACCUGAAAAGCCACCAGCGUGUGCAUUCGGGUGAGAAGCCCUUUCACUGUGCCAUUUGUUCAAAGUCAUUCAGCCAACAGGGAAACUUAAAGAUCCACCUUCGUACACAUUCAGGAGAGAAACCGUACAAAUGCGACAAGUGUGAGAAAUGUUUCAGCCAGAAGACUAACCUGGACAGUCACAAGAGGGUGCAUACAGGAGACUUGUUUACUUGUCAGAUCUGUUCCAAAGCUUUCACUCUGGAGAUAAAUCUUCAUAACCACCAGAGGAUCCAUACUGGAGAGAGGCCAUUUGUUUGCACCUAUUGCAACCGUCGCUUCUCUCAGCAGAGCGCACUUCGCAAUCAUGAACGCCUCCACACAGGAGUGAAGCCAUACCAGUGUACGUUCUGCUCAAAAUCCUUCAGCCAACAGGGGACUCUCAAAGCUCACCUUUGUUCGCACACGGGUGAGAAACGCUUCCAUUGCGACCUCUGUGACCGUUCCUUCUCUCAAAAGACAAACCUCGACAGUCAUAAACGCAUUCACACCGGCGACCUCUUCAAGUGUUCGACCUGCCCCAAAGCAUUUACCCUCGAGAUAAACUUACGCAAUCAUGAACGAGUGCACACGGGGGAGCGGCCCUUUGCCUGCACGUUUUGCAGCUCGAGAUUUUCGCAACAAAGUGCACUAAACAACCACGAGCGAUUGCACACGGGGGUGAAGCCCUACCACUGCACCUACUGCUCCAAAUCAUUUAGUCAACAGGGUACGUUAAAGGCCCACUUGUGUUCUCAUACUGGUGAAAAACGGUUCCACUGCGAUCAGUGUGAUCGGUCGUUUUCUCAAAAAACUAACCUUGACAGUCACAAGCGGAUACACACGGGGGACUUGUUCAAGUGCUUAGUUUGUGGAAAAGCCUUUACGUUGGAAAUCAACUUGCAGAACCACGAACGUAUUCACACAGGGAUCAAGCCUUACAAAUGCACGUAUUGCCCUAAAGCAUUUUGUCAGCAAACCGAGCAAAAAUCUCACAUAAGGACUCACACAGGUGAGAAACCUUUCAAAUGUAGUUAUUGUCCGAAAGCCUUUAGUCAGCAGAGCAACCAAAAAAUGCACGAACGUAUUCACACCGGGGAAAAACCAUACAGCUGCGAACAGUGUUCAAAGACCUUUAGCCAGCGUGCGAAUCUUGAAAACCACCGUCGCUUGCAUUCAGGAGACCUUUUUAAGUGUUCAAUGUGUUCAAAGGCAUUUACUCAGCUGGUUAAUUUACGGACACACGAGCGUGUCCACUCGGGUGAGAAGCCAUAUCGAUGCAACACCUGCAAUAAAAUGUUCAGUCAGCUUAGUAACUUGCAUGCGCACGAACGUGUUCACACUGGCAUCAAGCCAUUCACCUGUGACUUGUGUUCGAAAUCCUUCGCACAACGGACCACGUUGAUCAACCACAAGCGCUCGCAUGCUGCUAAGGCACACAACGCAAGCCUCAUGCUCGCAGCUAAGCAGUCUGCCGAGAGGGACGCCAUGUUGUUGCAGGACAACGGAAGCAGUGUCGCAGGUGGCAGCACCGGUGUGAAGACAGCCCCGAGUGGAGCCAAUAACCCUAGGGUUCCGACUGCAGUUAGCACAACAAACAACUCUGCAGUCAAUGCAGGUAAUGUGAAGAGCGAGAGUUCUAAUCUGAAGUCUGCUACUGACUACACUCAGAGUAUGGCGCAUAACCAGAACCAGAACAACCGCCAGACGAAUGCUCACAUGACACAACAACAACAACAACAACAGCCACAACAACAACAACAACAGCAGCAGCAGUCCAACACCUCGUUGUUGAUCCCCUCCCCAUCAGUCGGUGGACGGUCAGGACAGUCGUUAAUGCCCGCGUCAUCUCCCUCGUCUGUUCCGUCAUCAUCAGCAUCCCCUCACACCUCUUCCUCGUGGAUGACCUCCAUGAACCUCCACGAGAUGUCCCAGCGCUGGGAGGGUAACUACCUCUGGCCCCGCGGCUUUUCUAUGACCUCGAUGCCCCCUACCACCUGGGCAAACAUGCCCAGUGUUUUCCCAUGCAGUAGGAUUGAGUAUCCAAGAGGAACCGCCCCAACAAAGGGCCAGACCAGCCACCCCAGCACAUCAAAAUGACAGAAACAUAAGGACCCGGACCCUACAACAUCUGUUUUAUACAAACAACAACAUCUCAAACACACAAACAUGUUUUCAAUUGGUUGCUUCUAAUUUUAUUAUUAUUAUUAUUAUUAUUAUUAUUAUUAAUAUUAUUAUUAUUAAGGCUGCAAGCUGGCCGACUCGUUUGCAGGCCGGGCGAAAUGCUUAGUGGUAUUUUGUCUGCCACUACAUUCUGAGUUCAAAUUCCACCAAAGUUGACUUUGUUUUUCACCCUUUCGGGGUUAAUGAAAUAAGUACCAGUUAUGCACUGGGGUCAAUGUAAUCAACUAGCUCUCUUCUCCCCCCAAAUUUCCAAGGCCUUGUGCCUAGAAUAGAAAUAAUAAUUAUUGUUAUUGUCUGGCUGUUUACAUUCUGAAUUCAAAUUUGUUUGGGGGGUCAACUUUGCUUUUUAUCAUUUAAAGGUCAAAAUAAAAUAGGAUAGUCAGUGACAUUGACCCCAUUGCUCGGUUGGUGCUUAUUCUGUUGAUCCCCAAAAGAUGAAAGGCAAAGUCGACCUCAGUGGAAGUCAAAACUUAAACAUGGACAAAAUGCCAUGAAGCAUUUUUUUACCCCAUGCUCUAAGCUGACUGCCUUUAUAAUAAUAAUAAUAAUAAUAAUAAUAAUAAUUCAUUCUUUUAUUAGCCACAAGGGCUCACAUGCAAUAACAUUAAAGGCAAAAACGGAACGAUACAAUGGGUUUUCUGCAUGCAAACAAAGCAUGACAGUAACAAAUUAAACAAAUUAAAAAUCCCAAUAGGGGAGGUGCUUUAAGGUCCUUGUGGAAAAACCCAGAAAAGUCAUGGCUGCCUGAUCAAUGGGACAAGAUCCCUUCUCCUUUUAUUUCUCACAGGUGUAUGCUCAGAACUGGUCCUUUCACAUUGGCCAUUCUUCCAACAUUCACCCCGUCUUUCAACAAACUUGCUACAAGCCAACACUUCCCGCUCCCCCCUCAACUUCCUAGGAAAUAAUAAUAAUAAUAAUAAUAAUAAUAAUAAUGGUUUCAAAUUUUGCCACAAGAGCAGCAAUUUUGGGGGAAGGGGGAAAGUCGACCCCAGUACUUGACUGGUACUUAAUUUAUUGAACCCGGAAAGGAUGAAAGGCAAUGGUCGACCCCAGCGGAAUUUGAACUCAGAAUGUAGCAGCAGAUGAAAUACUGCUAAGCAUUUUUGCCUGGUGUGCUAACCAUUCUGCCAGCUCGCCAUAAUAAUAAUAAUAAUAAUAAUAAUAAUAAUAAUAAUAAUAAUGAUGAUAAUUCUUUCUAAUUUUGGCACAAGGCCAGCAACAUUUUAGAGGGAAGAAGAUAGUCGUACUUGAUUGGUUCAAUUGGUUGAUGGCAAAAAGAUUGAAAGGCCAAGUUGACCUCGGUGGUAUUUGAGCUCAGAAUGACUUUGCUAAGCCUUUGCCAUCAUCAUAAUCAUCAUCAUCAUCAUCACCAUUCAUCUGUUUUCCCAUGUUAGCAUGGGGUUGACAAAACACUGGUCCUUAAAGUUUAGAGCCAGAUGUGUUGGCGCUCGGAGGUUUAACUAACCCCGAAUGUACAAAUGGCAAACCUGGAUGUCAACUCAGUUCUGACUUGGAACAGUUCUGCUAACCCACUCCCCCUCCUUUAUAAUGAUUUGUACUUCAUUUUAUCAGUCCCGGGAAGAUGAAAACUACAGCCGCCCUUGGUGGAGUUUGAACCCAUAGCUAAAUAUUUUAAACUAUUUGUUUAAAAUUUGUUUAAUGUUCUAAGGAUUUGCCAUUCCACCAUGACUACCCACCAUCACCAUAACAGUAUUAAGUCAUUGAGGAAUCUUUUAUGUAGUCAUGGGUCUGCUAGAAAUAGCAGCCAAAUCUUUUUUCAAACUAAUGCUUCGCUGUCAAGGAUACAUUGAAUUAUAUGACCCUUGGUUUGCCAUUCCUGAAAGUUUGAUGGAGUGGUCAUAUCUGGAAAGUCUUUGAUCAUAGGGUUGCUCUGUGGUUUGACCUAUUGACCUAGGGUUAAGCAGCAAUGUUUUAUUGACACAGAAUUUUUUAAAACGAAUUCAACAACUUGAAGGUGAGUUUCUUUCUUUGAGGUAACUUGGGCUGAUUGACUUGUUUAAGGCCUUGGUGAUACCUUCAGCUGUACAAUAUUGGUUAAAGAGUGAAGGGGUUCAUAUCCUGUUGCUGGCACUGAUUUCUACAAUUGGUAUUGGGCUUUUACAGUCUGCUGGUUCUAAUGGUUAAGACAAAGUUGGGAGAUUCCGGCCACUGGGCAAGCCAGAAUCUCUAGAAAGAAAACCAUUGAAUGUGCUAACUGGACCCUCACCACCACCACCACCACCAGUGUUGUUUCUUGUCUUGCUAGAAAGGGGCCAUUCUUAUUAAAUGUUUCCAUUAGUACAUUGUUAAGGAUGACAUGUAAGGGAACAGGAGAUUAGCUUGGACAGGUGGGCCAGGGGCAAGAUGUCCUCCACCCAAUAUUUUUCUCCUGUUUUUCCAUCGGAAUUGCUAUUGAUGCUGUCAACUGGCAGAAUCGUUAGAGCAUCAUUCGACCAAGUUCUUCACGGUUUUUCUUCUGCCUCUUCAAAUUCUCAGUUGAGACUUUGUGUUUGGUCCUUACAGGGGCCUGAUUAAAUAAAGUACCAAUUAAGUACAAGGUCAAUUUAAUUGACUGCCUCCCCCCACCCUGCCCCUGCUACUUCACACACAACACACACACACACAUAUAACAAUGUGCACAUACACACACACACGUCAUAUACACACAUACAUAAAGACAACACCACCACCUUACAACACACACACACGGACACACAUGCACACACAAAACCACCACCACCUACACAUACACCAAACAACAACAACAGCCAACUGCAGACCUGAGUCAACACAGCUUUAAAUGUUGGCAAAGCACCUCUCCGUCACCCAUUCAAGGAUUUAUGAAACAGUUUAACAUGGAUUGGCCUUAAAUUAACUGUGGUGGUGGUGGUGGCAGUCAUAAUAUUGAUGAUGAUGAUGAUGAUGAUGAUUGUGGUUGCAAUAACAUUGAAAGGGUGGUGGUGGUGGUGGUGGUGAAGUUGCUUGUUGAUGAUGAUAAUGAUAAUAAUAAUAAUAAUAAUAAUAAUAAUAAUAAUAAUACUGUUGAUGAUGAUGGUUGUGGUGGUGGUGGUAGUAGUGGUUUUAAUGUUGAUGAUGAUGGUAAUGGUGAUGGUGAGGUUGUAUAGUAAUAAUAUUGAUGAUGAUGAUAGUGAUGGUGAUAGUAGUUCUAAUAAUGUUGAUGAUGAUGAUGAUGAUGAUAGUGGUGAUGGUGGUUUCUAGGAAGCUAUGCAGCCAUCUGUAAGAUGCUGGCCAAUAUUUUUGGAAAUUUAAUAUUUUGUAAACAAAACAAUGUUCAGAAUGAAAAUGGAAAAAAGAAGGAAAAAAAAAGAAUUUUCAAAAAAAAGAGAAGGUAAAAAAAAUAAGAAAAAAAGAAUUUGAUCUAAGAUUUUCUUCUCAGAAAUGUUCAGUUUCUAAAUUUUUAUUUUCUUUUUUUUUUGGGGGGGCUUUUUUAAAAAAAAUAUUUAUUUAUUUUAAUUCCUAACGCAACACUUGCCUUCCCCUUCACAUUGUGUGUGAUGUGACAAAGAUGUUCUAGAUGGUUCUUAGUGAGUGUGUGUGUGUGUCUGUGUAAAUGUAUGUGCUUGUGUAGAAUGUGAGGUGUAGCAAAUAGUUGUUCACAACAUACAUACAGACACACUAUACACACACACACACACACACACAUAUAUAGAUACAUACACACACAUACUUAUAUAUUACACUUAUAUACAUAUCUAUACACACACACACACACACACUCCUAUAUAUGUGUGUGUUUCUGUGUAUGCACACACUUUCUCUGUCUUUUUGUCUGUCUGCCACACACACAUACUGGAAUGAGUUCAAUCGACUAUUCCUAUACCAUCACCAUCAUCAUCACCACCACCAUCAUCAUCACCACCACCACCACCAUUAUCUCCACCACCAUCACCAUCGCCACCACCACCACCACCACCACUAGCAGCAGCAAGGCACUAGAAGUGGCAGAGAAAAUAAGGUCCUGGGUCCCCUGCAUUGCAGUCAGUAUUUAGUCACAUCCAUCUUGUCUCCUGCUUUUCAUCCUGACCAGACGCUAUAGAAUCUGUACCAGUCAUAUACUGGCUUCAUUCACUUCAGCUCAUCUCCCCCUCCACUACCAGUUGGUGACUUGAUACCAAAAUCAGAAAAAUAUUGUCAUAUGACAGAGGGGCCCUACAUGGCUGUCUCACUUGGACCCAUUUUUGCUUACAUCCUUCUGGGGCUGUGGUUCUCAACCAUUUCCUUCCUAUGGACCCCUUCGAUUCCUAUUUCACUUGAAUGGACCCUCAUAACCAUUCAGUAUUUAAAAAAUCCUAACAUUAUGUUUUUAUUAUUAAAUAUUAUUUGAAAUUUUAUUUUUAGAAAUUGUUAAAAUAUUUUGUGUCUUUCAGAAAUAUUGGGUCAUCCCCUAAAUAAUGCGGUUUAUUUCAGUUUCGUGAAUUAAAAGUCGGAGGGGGAUGGGAUAAACUACCUGCAUCAACUUGCUAUAAAAGCAGGUAGGAUUUUUACCUUGUCCUUAUUCUUAGUGCAAGUUUUGAAGAGUGCAGUUCCAUUUUAAGUUAUUUUUUGAAAGCUAUAAUGGAAGUGAUAAAGGAGCAUAUUUUGUUUUAUGAGUUCAAUAAAGGCAACAACACAAUGGAAAGUGUGAGGAAUAUUAAUGCAGUAUAUGGGGAUCGGACAGUAAGCAUAAGCCAGUGUCAACGAUGGUUCUAGAUAUUCUGAGCCAGAAACUACAGCCUAGAAGAUGAGCUUCAUCCUGGAAGAUCUGUAGAACUCGAUGAGGAUGUCCUGCAAACUCUGGUGGAAUAAAAUCUCAUUGUAGCUGUCGAGGAACUAGCAGAGAAGCUUGGAUUUGGUCAUUCAACCGGUCAUUUAAGUCAGCACUGGAAGAAAAACGACAAUCUUUGGUCUCAAGUUGAAAGGUGUUCUUCCGUCAGGAUAAUACUCGGCCACAUACAGGGAGGAGGCAUUCCAAAGGCUGGAGCAGUUUGAAUGGGAAACGAUGCCCCAAUCACCAUAUUCACUGGACAUUGCCCCAUUUGAUUACCAUUUAAUCUGCCAUCUUCAAAAUCAUUUGGACAGGAAAAAAUAUGAAAUCUGUAGACAAGGUCAGAUCAGUACUGGAGGAGUGUAUUUUGUCACAGAAAAUGAAGGAGAGUAUAUUUUAGAUUGAAAAAGAACUUUGUUUAUCUUAAUUUUGAAAAAUAAAAGAAAUAUUUUAAAAAACCGUAUUGUUUAUGGGAAGACCCAAUUUAUUGCAGAUAAAUUUUAACAGCAAAUUCUUAAAUGGACCCCCCAAAGGUCAUGCAGAUCCUGGUUGAGAACCACUGCUCCAGGGGCUUGAGUAAAUAAAUAAGAUACCGGUCACAUACCGGGGUCUUUAUAACUGACCGAUCCCAGCACCACCACC